GACUUUUUCGAGUUUAGUGAGCUAGAGCAAUUCAAUGCGAAACCGCACAAAGUAGAAGCAGUAUUUCCUAGUGAAUAUCGUUUUCAUCCAGCUCGCAACCAUCUCACAGUGGAGAGUGGAAAAUAGUCGAUGUACUGAAAAAGUAUGGCCACCAACAACUAUUUUGGAUUUCCGCAUGGUGCGACGCAGUACGGUACGACGGCUACCGGAACAGCCUAUCCAACAACGCAGACGGGUUAUGCAGUAGCAACCGCGGCCGCACCGGCAGCAGCAGCAACUUACGGCACCCCAGCGGCCGCAACACGCCCAACGGGAUACGAUCAGGCUUACCAGACGGCAGCCACUCCUGGAACAUACGCAACAACAGCAACAGCGGCGACCUACGACUACGGUUACGGUCGUACCACCCAAACCUACGACACUAGCAAGACAUACUACCAGCAGGCAGGAGCAACCGCUGGUUACACCGCAGCUCCAACUGGCUACGACACAUCUGGUGCGGGAACAGCAAAGGUUAUAAACUUCCAGCCGGCCACACAAGCCACCUACGCUGCUCAGCCAACACGUGCUACGAUUCAAACGGCCAAGGCACCGCAGUACACCGGCCAACCGCAGCAGGCAUACGUCACACAAACGGGAGGUUAUUCGCAGACGGUAAACAGUACCCCAAAGUCAGCUGCUGUAGCCCAACCGGUAGCACCGAACGCCAAUACCUACGCCGGUUACGAGACGGCUCUCUAUAGUGCUGCUACAAUGUAUGUCACACAAACUCAGAAUAACAAACCCGGUAAUCCGGUAGGUGGUCAGCAAGGACAAGGUGGUGGUUGGCAAGGGUACAAGAAAGGACCGAUCGGAAUGCAUCCAUUCAACAAACCUCGACCUAAGCUUCCUCCAAAGCCUCAACCGAUUCAUUAUUGCGAUGUUUGUAAGAUCAGCUGUGCUGGGCCACAAACCUAUCGUGAGCAUUUAGAAGGUCAAAAGCACAAGAAGCGUGAAAUUCUGCUGAAGCAAGCUUCCGAACCGGGUACUCCCGCACCGACUAGACCUCCCAACAGUCUUCAUUGUGAAUUGUGCGAUGUUACUUGUACUGGAAAUGAUGCAUAUGCUGCUCAUGUGCGCGGCGCCAAGCAUCAAAAGGUGGUCAAAUUACACACCAAACUAGGAAAGCCUAUUCCGGCUUGUGAUCCAGCUCCAAACUCGGAGGAAAAAAAAGACGGUGAAUCCGAUGAACAUGACGAAUCUGUGAAGCCUGUUGGAAGUGAUUACAUUGAAGAGAUCAAAGAUGACGAGGGCAAACUGGUCAGCUUCAAUUGUAAACUGUGCGAAUGCAAAUUCAACGAUCCAAACGCAAAGGAAAUGCACAUGAAGGGACGUCGUCAUCGAUUACAGUAUAAGAAGAAAGUUCAACCAGAUCUGUUUGUAGACAUAAAACCAACAUUGAAGCAAAAGAAGAUGGCCGAAGCUCGUGCUCAUCGUCAGGCUUUGCACGAAGACUACUGGAACCGUCGUCGUAUGGCAGAAGCAGAACUGGAUGACGGAGAUCAUGGAAUGCGCCAAUUCGGACGACAUCCGUUCUACGGAAUGCUUCCAGGUCGGCGUCCAGAGUCAUCCGAUGAUCGUCAUGUUGUUGCUCGGCAUGCUGAGAUUUAUCCGAAAGAGGAGGAACUUUUGACAAUUCAACGUAUUGUUUCACAUACAGAACGUGCUUUGAAGCUCGUGUCAGAUGCUAUGACUGGUGGUAAAGAGGAGAAAAAGGACGGUGAUGCAGAAAAGAAAGACAGCAAGGAUGAUCAAAACAAGCCGGAUUCUAACCAAAUGAUUUCUUUCCACAAGGAAGCUGAAGGAGGUAGUGUUCGCUUGUUGAAAGGAGUUAUGCGCGUUGGUUUAUUAGCCAAAGGUCUUCUUCUACAUGGCGAUAGCACUGUUCAUCUUGUUGUGCUUUGUGCCGAGAAGCCAACUACGUCACUGCUUAAACGUGUUGCUACCGAAUUACCGAUUCAGCUUAAGAAGGUCACGGAAGAGCACAAGUACACGGUUGCAAUGGCUCCGGUUGAGGGUGCCGUUAUGGUGUCGGAUGGUACGAUUACGGUGAAAAUAUCCCUAACAUCGCCAUUGUUGCGCGAAGAUGCAACUAGUACAGCUGCGAACGAGCAAGUCGCCCCCAGCUCGGAAGAUUUACUGCCACGAGAGCCCUGUCUCCAGGCACUUGCCGCACUGCGACACGCGAAGUGGUUCCAGGCUAGAGCAACCGGACUGCAAUCCUGUGUGAUGAUCAUGAGAAUCAUGCGUGAUCUCUGCCAGAGAAUUCCUAUCUGGGGCCACAUUUCGCAAUGGGCCAUGGAACUGUUAAUCGAGAAGGUCAUCUCAUCGACCGGUUGUCCGUUGAGUCCGGGCGAAUGUAUGCGCCGUGUGAUGGAGGCUAUCGCUUCGUCUAUUCUAAUUCAUGGUCCCGGUAUAUUAGAUCCGUGUGAAAAAGAACACGAAGAUGCCCUGGCUGGACUCAGCAAACAACAACGAGAGGAUAUAACCGUGUCAGCCCAAAUGUUCCUACGAUUUAUUGCGUUCCGACAAGUACAUAAAGUUCUUGGCAUGGAACCCUUACCUCCGCCGAAGUUUGUGGGCAACCGAAACUGGCGCUUCAAUCGCAAGCGCAGGCGAUCUGGCACUGAGGGGGCCGAUAAUGAAGCCGACGGAAAGAUGGUCAAAAAGGAAAAGGAGGAAAACAAGGACGGUGGUACCAACAACGCUGUGGUCGAUAUGGAGACCGAGGGUGGGAAGUAGUUAUGAUAGGUUUUUUUUCUCUGAAUAGAAUUAACUUAUGCGUAAUUAAACUGAGAUGUCUUGAACACUGAAUUCGAGAUUGUUGCGGAUGCUUAUCUUUGAAGAUAUGUAUUACUUUGAAGUGAACUCAGAUUUAAACCGUUAUUAAGAGAACGAUUGCAUAUGAAUAUAGGACAUUUGAAAACUACUAACAUUUUUUGUCUCCCUGUCUUAAAAUGCAAUAUUUGGAAGAAGAAAAAAAUACACACACUAUUAUAUUUUCCCCUGAAACUGAUCAGAAAGUGAAAAACACGCAAUCUAUUGAACGUCAAUUUUGGAUCCUCUGGAAAUUUUAUUUCAAUCAAGUAUAAACUAAUUUCUAUUGCAAAAACAUGAAAAAGCAAGACUAACUUUUAAAACAAUCUUUUUGGAAAACGACAAAAAAAAUGUAUGAAUGUAUUUUAUUCCUACUAAAUCAGAUAACCAAAAUUAAUAGUAAUGCAAGAAAAUUUUGAAUCAUGCGAAACACAAGCACCUCCUACUAAUAUAUUGCUCUGUUGGAACGGCAGUGUGCAUCGAUUAGUAUCCUACAGUAUAUGGUACGGUAGAGAUAAGAAUAGGACAACUACACUAUGAAAUACAUGAAGCAGGAUUGACAUGCUCUAGCAAAGCAACUGCAGAUAUUUUUGCAGACACACUUUCACACAGACACGCAUACAUACUCAAGUUUGAACCAGUCUAGAACGACGAUUUAAAAUUGUAGUUAUUUCAUCCAAAUGGAAAUAAAAAUACCACAUCAAAUUGUUAAACAAUGGAUUAAGUCAGCAGGUCCAUUCUCUAGAACGUAUGAAAUAAACCAAGUAUUUUCUUCUCGAAGGAUGAACAUAAAGAA